UGAUUGUUUUUGUCUCCGUAGAGGCCCCAAGUUAUGUCAUUCUCUUCUGGUCCAUAGUGAGUCGUGCAUGAUUUCGCACACUAGAUUAUGAGUGCGACUUCGCGAUCUGAACAUCGCGAAGUUCAUUGUCCAGCUAAUUUGUUGUCCGCCCAGAUUGCUGUUAAGAAUUCCAUCGCGAUCGGCUCUUCUCUUUUCAACUGGGCUAACGUGCCUGACCUUAAGUCGAUUGUCUCGGAUGCCGUAAGCUACGUUUUUGGGAAAACAGACUCCGGUGUUCCACCGCCGCUGACGACGGUGGUUGCAGUUUACUUCGAACUGGUUGAUCCGGUGGGAAGCUUCGUUCGCCGCCCGGUGAGCGCUGUAACGCCAAGUAUCACGCAGACCAAACCUCGAGAAGGUGCCUCAGGUUAUGUCCCGAAUGUCCAACUCUCUUGUGCGAAUCGGGAGAAGAAUAGGACUGUAUCCGGGAAAAGGCCUACUGCUAGGAAAGUUCUUUGUACAGGACUUAAGCCAGAAAUUGCAAGAGAUUUUCCGAAUGAUUGUAUAUCUCGGUUCGGACGUAAGAAUCGGCCGAGUUGCGACGAUCCGAUGGAAUUUUUCAAGCGAUGCAUCGAGGAACCGUAUUCGCUUGAGAAGCUUAUUCGAAUUUUUGAAGCCUUCUGCCUGUGCAGUCGGGAGGAAUUCAUGAAAUUGCUCCAUGAUCAAUCCUCGUCGAACUGGUUGUUCUUUUACCGACGAUUACUUCAGCAGUUGUCUCAACUUUUAAAACUUGGGAAUGGACUUCGGUUAGUGAAUGUUUGCAAUACGAAACCUGCGCUUCGGCCGUCAGCACCAUGUGACGAGCUUUACAGCCAAUCGAAUCGCAUUCGACUCCAGAAACCUGAAUUCGCUGAAUUCAAGAAAAAUGACCUUCAAAUUGCGCGGGAUGCAGUGAAGAAUAGCUCAGAAAAGAUCUGCAAGUAUGCUGGCUGUGAUGGAGGAGAUUUUACGUGGCCUUCUUCUGGAUCGACGCCCGUCGAUGACGGAUCGGUUAUCGAGAGCGAUCUUCUUUUGCGGAAUAUUUCAUCAAAUUGUCGAGAUAUUCUUCACAUUCCUAUGCGUUUGACUUCCGCGGACUUGAGCGCAGCCGAAGAUGUCCGCAUUGAAUUUCAAUUGACGAUGUUCUAA